CUGUACAGCGCCGAUAAAGUACGUAACAGGCUUGAAAAUAAUAUUUUCCGUCGCUUUAAAGAUUCCAGUUGCAGAUUCGCGAGCUGGGCUGAGUUCGAAGCCGGCCACAGUGACAAGGAUCACAAGGGAAUCUCAGCACUUCAUCGGAAAUUGGAACCUUUUCUCUUGAGACGUGUGAAGAAGGAUGUUGAGAAAAGUUUACCACCAAAGCUCGAACAAAUCCUGAGAGUGGACAUGACUGCCCAGCAAAAGCAAUAUUACAAGUGGAUACUGACGAAGAAUUAUCGCGAAUUGUCGAAGGGCGUCAAAGGUUCCAUCAAUGGUUUCGUAAAUCUCGUUAUGGAACUGAAGAAAUGCUGCAAUCACACUUCACUUGUUCGACAGUACGAUCAUUUUGAGAACGACCCACAGGCGCGCUUACAACAACUGUUGAAGUCAUCUGGAAAACUGAUAUUGUUGGACAAAUUGCUCUGUCGCUUGAAAGAUACUGGUCACCGUGUACUGAUAUUCUCCCAGAUGGUCAUGAUGUUGGAUAUUUUGCAAGAGUACCUCCAGUUAAGACGAUUUCCUGCCCAGCGUCUUGAUGGCUCAAUGCGAGCUGACUUACGAAAACAAGCGCUAGAUCACUAUAAUGCCGAGGGCUCUGCCGACUUUGCUUUCCUUCUUUCUACUAGAGCUGGUGGACUUGGAAUCAAUCUAGCAACUGCAGAUACGGUAAUCAUAUUCGACUCUGACUGGAAUCCUCAGAAUGACUUACAAGCUAUGAGCAGGGCCCAUAGAAUAGGACAGACACGUCAGGUUCUUUCCAAGUCAUCGGCUGGUGGUGCACGAUCUGUUCCCUUCGAUAAGAAAGAGCUGAAUGAUAUUCUGAAGUUUGGCGCAGCUGAUCUGUUCAAAGAAGAUGACGGCGAAGAGCAGGAACCAGAGGUUGACAUCGAUCGCAUCCUAAGUGUGGCGGAGACGAGAGACGCUGACGAUGCUCAGGAAACUGGCAGUGAAUUGCUGAAUUCAUUCAAAUAUGCCAAUUUCUCCAUCAACGAGGAACAAGAUGUGGCAGCAGCAGCGCAACAUCAGGUGACAUCGAAAAACGGAGAUGAUAGUGGACCUGAAUGGGACGCUAUCAUUCCGGAAUCUGAACGUCAAAAAGUAGAAGAGGAAGAGCGAAGAAAGCUGGCUGCUGAUCUUGAAUUGGCUCCAAGGCAGCGUGUGAAGGUCGAUAUAGAGGAGGCAGAUGAUGGCGAUAUUUCCGCAUCGGAUGGUGAAGCCGAAAAUAAUGGAAAGAAAAAGCGCAAGAAGGCGUUUGGUGACUUUAUGGGCGGAGAAGUGAAACGAUUUGUACGCUCAUUCAGGAAAUUCGCACGGCCGUUGCAGAGACUGGAAGCUCUUGCUCAAGAUGCUGAACUCGAGGAGCACAGCGCUGAGGAAUUGAGAAAACUCGCAGAAGCGCUGUUGGAGGGUUGUGAGAAAGCCGAACAAGAGCAUGAGAUGAAGAAAAAUGAGAUUAAGACGCCGGGAGAGUCUGAAAAGGCCGUCAAAGAGCGCGGGCCAUGGUUCAAAUUUGCCGGAGUGGCUGACGUCAAUGUGCGUGCAAUUCGGAAACUGCAUAAGGAAUUGGAACCCCUGCACACAGCAUUAAGUGGUGAUGGAGCUGAUGAGUUCAAGCCGCCACAUAAAGCACGGCCUCAAAAGGGAUGGGAUGUUGAAUGGUCUUCUGUGGACGAUACUGCUUUAUUACGUGGCGUAUACAAGUAUGGUAUUGGAAGUUGGGAAGCCAUCAAAAUGGAUCCACAGCUUGGACUUGCCGAUAAGAUCUUUCUCAAGGAUAAGGUUCGAAAGCCACAACCACGACACAUACAGCAAAGGGUUGACUACUUAUUGAAAUUGAUGGACAAAUCUCUCAACGGGACCAAAAUGAUGCGUGCGCCAAAUACAACCAAUCGGAAACGCAAAGCGCCUGACGACGAUCAAGGGAAACCUGCUCCGGUUGAAGAGAAGAAGCGCCGUGAGAAAGAACAUCACCACCAUCAUCAUCACCAUCAUUCUCAUCAUCAUCAUCAACAAGCAAAACACAGUCCACAGAACAAAACGAUCGUUGACCAGUUGGCGUUGGUGGCCAUAGAAAAGUCGAUUUAUGGUCAUGCCCUCGAGGACACUAGUGAUCGUCCCUUCUCAGAAUGUGUAAAGAUGAUGCGACCAGUUCAAAAGUACAUCAAGAAGUUGGCAGAAUCUAGUGGAGAGAAAGAAUCGGCUAAAUAUUUGAUGAGGCUCGGUGAUAAUUGUAGGGACCAACUUGACGAAUUAUUGAAAAGGAAGCCAAAGACAAACGUGCGCAAAUGGUAUAACUACAUGUGGAUCUUUUUGUCGAAAUUCGUGUCCCAAGAGCCCAUGGAAAUGCUGGAAAAGUAUCGUGAGCUGUGCGCUGCG